AAAUUUUGAUAACAGAACUUUGUCACGUGCAAGCCUACUUCAAUAGGCUGUUGAAAACGCUUAGUCAACUUUUUAAUAGUUUUGUCAAAGAUUUGACUUCGAUCAUCAUUAGAGUUCUGAAAUUUUGACUCCAAGAGUUUAAAAAUGCAAUUCUGAUAUCAAUUAAAGUGUGCCAAACCCAGACUGUUGACUCUUUUUAUCUUUUCAAGUGAGUCUAUAACAUAAUAAUAUUGGCAAAGUAUCAUUUUUGCAUUCUAUUCUUGUCAUUACAGUACAUUCUAUUCUUAUCGAACUACAAGCUGCAAGCGUAGUUACUAGGGCUGGGAAUGGUUAAUCUGUUAACCGUUUUUAGAUGUUUAAUAACGGUUACGAUUUAUUUUGUUCGUUAACUGACAUCUCAGGUAGCUCUUGAUCGUAGUUGAUGCUGUUUUUCUUUAUGAUAUUGAUAUCUCAAAGUAGAAGUUGCACAUCUUACACUGAAAGCCACAUAAAUAUUGUUUGCUAACAAAAUUAAAUUUAUUAAAAUAAGUCAAUAUGUCCGAAGUACGCUGCAUAUUUCUUCCAUUAGUGCGACCAUGAAACCAUCCUGAUACAUGAAUAAUUUCGAGCGAUACCAGGAUAGAUCACGCAAAAUUGCUUUGGAACCAUUCGGUCAUAACUUGCUCGAAUUAUUAGAUUAAACCAUUGUAGUGUUUUCCCAGUCCUAGUAGUUACAGCAGCCAUUACUAAUUUUUAUAAAUUAUCGUAGUUGCAAUCUAAUUGUGUUUAGGCUUUAAAUCUAUAAAUGUUUAUUCUACUUUACAGAAUUAUGUGGUGUGAUGAAUAAUUCUUAAAAAUGAUCAGGCGAUCGAAGUUAAAAGUACGUCCAGCAAUCAGAAAAGUUAUCGUCAUCCCAAGGAACUGGCUCUUUGAACCAAAAAAUUAAUGAUGACAAGCUAUUGACGAAAACAGAACUGCUUCAAUUCAAUCUGAACCAUCUGGAUCAAUCAAAACUGCCAUGAUCAGUGUAGAUAAUAAAUGCCAGAACCUCACAUGGAAGUAAAAACUAGUCCAGUAAAAAGUAAUGGAAAUAGUGGUGUUGAUAAAAGUUUAAGUGAUAAGAUACCUGACAAAUCAACCCAGAAAACACCAGCUAUAUCAAGAAGACGAAAACUUGUUGCUUGCCCUCUUAUGGCUAAAAAGAGGCAAAAGAUUUCUAUUAGUGAACACAAAGAAAAGACUGACUUGGAAAGUGAAAAAGCUGCUUCACCCCCAAUCUCUCGUUGCGCCAUUAUAGCACCAAUUAUAACUUCCACUCAAAUACAAUUUGAUGAUGUACAAUUGGAUUCAAACAAAUUACCUCCUAUUGAAAAUCUUCUAUCUCCCAUACAUGUAGUUUCCCAACCUCAUGAAAUUAACACUAUGGAUCAUGAUUCAUCAUCACAAUUUAUCACAUUGACUCCAGUUACAUCAACAGCUUUAGAGGCUGGGGAUUGCAGUAUCGAAGCAGGAUCACAAGACAAAAUAAACAUUCCAGUUUCAAAUAGUGAUGUCGACAUACCAAAAAAUAAUAAUGUUGCUGUUGUAUCUUGUAACCCUUCGGAUGUGAUAGACUGCCCUACUGGUACCUUAUCUGUAAUCAAAGAAAACACUCAGACUUCGAUAACUGUUGACGCCAGUAAAUCAUUAAAACCUAACAUUGACAAAAAAGUAGAUUAUAUUUCUAAUCCAAAAAAAUCAGAUCUCAAAGCAAAACAGUAUUCAGCGACUGCUAAACAUCGAAGUAAUGCUUUCAAAAAAUUGAAACAAUUGAAAGAAAAUCAAGAAGAUGGAAAUGAGUGGCCAGAGUUUGAUCAAAAUCUGGUUUCUAUGUCAGAUUUAAUUUUUCUGAACCCACCUAAUAAGCUUGGAUUGACUUUAGGUAUGAAUGUACGUCAAGAGGAAGCAAGGGAAGAAAUUCUGUCGCAGAAAGAAGACCAAUUGUCUGCAUCCUCAGUGGAGGUAGCGAAAUCAAACUCGGAAGAACAAGGUGAAGAUGCUGCACUUCCUGUGCCACAAAUUCGAAUUGCUGAUGACGGUUCUAUAGUUGUCGAUGAAGACAGUUUGGUUUUAGACACUCAAAAACCUGUCGAUCCUAAAAUCAGUACUGUUUAUGAAUUUGGAAAAGAAAGCACAAUCAAUCAAUGUAGUUUUAUGCGACGUCCAUAUGUGAGAACUGCAAAAUGGUCAUUAGAGGAAACUGAUAAAUUUUACAAAUGUCUUUGUGUUGUUGGUGCCGAAUUCAGCUUAAUGGGAGCAAUGUUUAGAGAAAGAACUCCAGAUGAUUUGAGAAGAAAAUUUAAGCGUGAGCGCAAAAAGAAUCCCAAUCGUAUUGAUAAAGCUCUCAUGCAACAACAUUUAAGUAAAUGGACGGAUGAUAUGUUUGAACCAAAACUUGAUAAUAACGAUAAUUCUCGCAGUUUGAAUAAUAAGCCAAGUGCUGAAGCAACAGUCAAAUGACAGCUCUAUAUGUAUGAAUAUGAAUCUUCGUUCAGUUUGAUAAAUAUAAAAUUCCAAAUAAAGGUGGGGCUUGCAAUUUUCCUUAAUUCAGAUUCAGAAAUAUGCAGCAUUUAGCACAAUUUUAUUUUGAGAAGUAUCGGUAUAUGUAUUUAUAUUCAAGUUGACUGCCUAUUGAAGCUUGGCUAAAAGCAAGUCAGCAAUUUCAAGUACUGAUAAUACAUCAUAAUUUAUUAGAAUCCCAGCUGUUUCUUAUUUGUUUAUCUGGUGUUGGUGGGUAUAAGCUUUUGGGAUUACAUGAACAUAAAUACACAAAUGUGCAUAAUCAACAAUAUCAGUUAUGAAAAUAUUGUGCAAACUCAUCAUGGUGGAAAAGUUGAAAAGCCAUUUGUUUUAUCAUUUAAAAUCUAGAAAUUAAAUGGGUUUGCAGAACAGAUUUCUUUCAACUUUCUGACAUCUUGAGUGCCGCAUUUUGCAUCAGAUUUUUUUAUGAUGAUGUUCAAAGCAUUCAACUUUCUGACAAGAGUGCCACAUUUCGCGUUAGAUUUUUUUAUGAUGAUGUUCAAAGCAUUCAACCAGCCAAUCAGUGAUGUAACAUUUAUUCAUAUGUUUUUUCUUUACCCUUGUAAUUUGUGAAUGUAUAUCACAUGCUUCUUUUUUUGGUAUUGAAUGUGUUUCAAGUUUGUAGAUGAGACCCCUUUUUCUUGGUCCUACACCAUCAGUUACAUUUUCUGUUUGCUAUCCAAGUAUAAACUGUGAAUCUUUUCUUGUUAUUUUAUUUGCAAAUUUUUUGUAGACGAAAACAUUUCCGUACCAAUUUUGAUUAGUACAAUUCUUUGAUAGCAGCCUGAGGUCCAGUACAUUUUUAAACAGUUCCUUGUAAAAUUUCAUGUUCCAUGACAAUGUUCAUAUUGAUAUUAUUGGUUGUAUUAAGAGCAAAAUGUGUAUCAUAAACUUUCUUUGGUAGUCAAUCUAGUCAUGGAAUUGUUAGCAUACUACAGUCUGAAAAAUGAAUUCACCUAAAUCAAGGCUACUAUUUAACAAUGAUAAAUUAUGGGAAUUUCAAGUAGUGGUAUUAUAAUAUUUUGAUCUGGGUUGUAAGAGAUGCCGUUUAUAAAUUGUGUGGGUAUGUGGUAUGGCUGAGGUGGUUUAUUUUGUCUUUGAGUUUAUUCAUGAUGAUUUCAAUUCUUUGGUGGUUUCGUUUUGAAUUAGAAUUUUUUAAAAUAAAGAUUUAUAUCGAGUCUGUUUAGAAAAAAUUAGAUGAAAUUGAACUUACAAUAAAUCAUGAUUUUGCAGAAGUAAUAUAUUUAAAUAUCAGUCGGUUUAGAAAAAAUUAGAUGAAAUUGAACUUACAAUAAAUCAUGAUUUUGCAGAAGUAAUAUAUUUAAAUUUUAUUCAAAAGAUUGUGUGAGUUAUUGAAAAGAUUUCUUGGGUGUUCUUCUGUUUUCUGACAAUUAGAAUCCAAUAUUUUUGGCUUGAUUUGUUUUUAUUCCAUUAUUAAGUCUCAUUUCUCAUAACCUAUGUCUGAAAAAAUUAGCAAUUAUUUCAUAUUUACGGUACUUACUUUUAACCUAUGGGUCAACACUAUAUCUCCAAUUUUGCUGAAUUUCAAUUCCACGCUCUAACCGUUUUUAAAAACUAUUUCCAAAUCAUCAUAUCUGUCAAAUAUGCGCAAUUUCACAAUAAAUUGCUGUGAAAAUGUCUCAGGUAAAGUCAAACAUUUUUGCUACAGGACUUUCCAAUAAAUAAAUCUCAUUGUCAUACCUAAAAAUACUGUGUCUCCUAUUGGAUAGCAUGCAAUCAACAUAAAAAGCUAAAUUUAUGUAGUUGAAACCUCGGAACGGAUUCAGGUGGGAUCGCUUGUUUAAAUUUAGUCGAAAAAAUGGGACAAUGUUUUUUGGGGUUGAAAAACACUUUUGCAAAAAAAUCUGCGUUUCCCGCCUAAAAUUAUCAGAAACUCUCCAUCAAACGCGACUUUUCUGCGUCACGCACUGUCGGAAUUGCGGAUUUUAUUAUUGCUGUGUUUCGGGUUGAUCUUCAGCAAUUUUGAUCCUUCUGAUCGACCUUUUUAUUUGUAACAAUUAAUUUGUUAUAUAUUUGUGUUGUUGCGUCAUAUUAUAUGUAAAUCCGCAUAUAUUCGAUUUUCACUA